CUUUUGCUAGGUUCUUUUCGACGCUGGUGUUGUUGGCUAUUUGUCGGUUAAUGUCCAGUCACUUCACGCGCGCAUCAACAAUUUUCCAAUUUCGAUGUCCAUCAACCUGUGAUCCGCCAGACUAGCCCGACAUCACGACAAGGCCGACUCACUGGUACCAAGAGCCUGCGAUUGAUGUUGUCGCAUACGUGGGGCUUGCUCACUGAAUCCACGUUCUACUACUGAAGAAAGGACGAUUCAGAGAUAGAACUAAUCAGACAGGACAUUGUCUAUCUUCGACACCUUCAACAUCUCUUCGCAUAACUAUCCCAGACCCACAACACGCAUCAAGAUGGCAGGGCUAAGUACACCAGCGCCGCGGCAGCAGCCAGCAAAACAAAUGUCUUCACGACUAAUGAACAUGAAAUUCAUGCAAAGAGCCUCAGUAUCUACAACGUCUAUCCCAGCAGCCUCCAAAACAUCAACACCAGUGACCGAGCCAGUAGCGAAACGCCGACGAGUCGAAAGCGAAACACACUCCCACUCGACAUCAGGCCCCGGAACACCAUACACGCCCGCAGCGUCAAGUCAGACAUCAGAUGCACAAACCACUACCUUUGGGCUGUCAAGAGGAGGCAUAAGCACAUUCAACCGCGGCGAAUGUGCAGAUACAGAAUGGGUUCUCGACUUGAAGAUGAGAGCCCCCAAGGCAAAACCAGAACCACGACCCAAUGGGACGAACGGAUCUCGAUUCGACGCGCUGGAAGAUGACGACGACCAGGAAGACGAAGACGACGACGACGAGGAUAUAUGGUCGCACCAACACUCCGGCCGUCAAGCAUACGGGUCAUUCAAAGGGAAGCGGAAGUCACGCCUUCAACAAAAUCAGAAUGCCGAUGACGAAGGCGAGGACAGCGCGUCAGAUGCAUCAGAAGACGAGGAACAGAACACGUCCAGCCGGCACACACCGUCACGAAAGAGGCAGAAGAACAGCUCAAAAGACGCUGAUUCGGAUGAAGAAAUGCGCCAAGUCAGAAGAGCGAUGGAGGCUAAGCAUGGACGUAUGGCUGCAACGACACCGAAGAGCGGAGGAGGCGGAGGCGGAGGAAGAUUACCGAUCACAGGAGGACAUCCUGGUGGUGGUGGUGGCGGGCAUAAAAGAAGCAGAGAGGAUGGGAAUUACAAGAUGAAAAAGAAGGCGAGGAAGACGAUUUGAUUUCGGCGGAGCCUGUACUGAAAAUACACCAGGUGCUAAAUGAGCAUCUUAUCCGUCGACCAUGUUUCAAUGUGGCUGAGCAAGGAACGCCAGUGCUAUAAGUAUCCUCGGCACCACAUGUUGGACACUCUACUGGUAACGAGUGAGUGCAACCAUUCGAUCCAUACCAGGGAUCAGAAAACCACAAGCUCUUCCCACAACCUC